AUGGAAACCGUGUCUGCAAACAGCCAUAAACGUCAGUACGGAGCGACGAUCAUCAUUUCUGGUGGUACCCACGUAAUAUUGCUGAGAGAGGAAAAUUGGCGGGAAAGUUUGAAUAUCCAUUCGCUUCCUCAACAGCUGUUCUUGAAGGGUUCCGGGUCCAUUCACAAGCAGUACACAGCCCUGCGAUCGAUCCACUGCCAUGUUCAAUACCCAACCCUUUUCCAGGAAAACGCAGAGACAUUUGAGUUCGAUGAAGGAACCCUUGAAGAAGCAUCUCGUCUCCUACAGAGCUCUUCUGAGUGGAGACGGUACCUCGAACUCCUGCGCCGUGACGUCCAGAUCGAUAGUAUCACCGAAGCGAAUACCACCCUCUGGCCAGGAUCGUUUACAAUCUCCCGAAGACUACAGGAGCAAGUUAUGACCGUGGAUGGAAUACCUGGCAUGGCGAGACUUUCUUCCCAGGCUCCGACAAGCAAAAAGCGAGGCCGGAACUCCAGCAAUGUGAAAAGUUCCCUCGUGGAGAAGAUCCGAAAGCUACCAGACGCGGAGGAUGAAGCAGUGCCAAAUGCAGCUCUCAUUAUUCUCAACAGAAUCGAGUUUGCCCCCAAAUUUGCCAGAGGCGGCUAUAAGGCCUUCACGGAUGGGGUGCUGCGCUCCGAAAGCAAUUUUGUCCAUUUAGAGCUGAAGAAAAGGGUUCGGUCUGGAAAGACGGCAAAGAUCGAGAUGCAGGAGGCCUGUGAGGUGGCCGGCUGGCUCAAACAGGGAUCCUCGAAUCUGCCUGCGUUCAAUAAUCAGUGA